GUGUGAUUCCCGCUUUAAUCGCAAGCUGAAUAUAUAAUCUAAUCAUCAGAAUUUUUUUCGCCACGGAGCGACGCUUUUAUUUAUUUACGCCUCCGAUUUUGCCGAUCUUUACAGUACUGGAAACACUGCCGGCAUGACCAGUUCGCCAUCCAGUUCUGUGGCCGUUUGGCCACUGGUUGUUUUGUUUAUUUGCUCUGUUUUGGGCUUGGACUACAGGCUGGAUGGUAGUGUUGUGCCAUCCCACUAUAACCUGACCAUUGGGGUGCUCCGAGACUCUACCGACCCAACUCUUUUCGACGGCGAAGUGAGCAUAACUGUGCGGGGGGUCGGACCCACGCCAAUCGAAAAUAUCACCUUGCACGCAGAUACGCUCGAGAUAUCGUCAUGCCGUUUGGUGGACGUCGGCGGAGGCCCUACAGGUGGCUUGCUAGUGGAGGCCAUUGAUAUCAGCCGGUUGAUUUACGAGGCUGCCACACAACAGGUGACAGUUCCACUGACGCAGCCCCUUGAGGUGCGCAGGGACUAUGCCCUGGAGUUCAAGUACACCGGGCGAAUUCGAUCAGACAUGGCCGGAUUGUUCUCCGCCAGCUAUGUGGAGGCGGAGACGAACGCCACCAGGUGGCUGGCUCUCACCCAGAUGCAGAGAAUCAAUGCUCGCUACGUGUUUCCCUGCUUCGACGAGCCCGCUCUAAAGGCCAAGUUCCAGCUUCAGAUAGACAGACCAAAUGGUUACCAGGCCAUUGCUAACACCAAAGUGACGAAAACCACUCCAUCGGGAUCAAAUCGGUUUAUAGAUAGUUUUGAAGAAACUCCGGCAAUGUCCACUUAUCUUCUGGCUUUCAUGGUUGCCAGCUAUACAGCUCGCGGAAAUACAAGUGAUUUCUCAGUUCUUUCCCGCCCUGAGUUCUACAACAACACAGAGUUCAGCUAUGAGGUAGGCCAAAGGGUUAUUCAGGCCUACAACACAUUGUUUGCUCUUCCUUAUGCCGAGCUGGGAAACGAGGUUCUGCAAUAUGCCAGUUCUCCUCGGUUUCCACACAACGGAAUGGAAAAUUGGGGUCUCAUUAUAUACAGUGAUAAUGUUCUGGUACGGAUUCCCGGUUACACUGAUGACUGGUCUGACAAAGAGUUCGCCAUACGGAUCAUUGCCCAUGAGACGUCCCACAUGUGGUUUGGGGACAGUGUAACCUUCUCCUGGUGGAGUUACUUCUGGCUAAACGAAGCCUUUGCCCGUUACUACGAGUACUUUAUGGCCCAUCAGCUUUAUCCGGAGUACCACCUGGACGAACAGUUUGUAGUCCGACAAAUGCAAUUAAUCUUUGCAACGGAUGCCAAGAACAGCACCCAACCCAUGACUAGUCCCGAGUCAGAAAUACAAACCCCCUCCCAGAUUGCCUCCAAGUUCAGUGCCAUCGCCUACGCGAAGGGAGCCUGCAUUGUCAGGAUGUGGAGGAAUUGCAUGGGAGAGGAAAACUUCAACGCUGCUAUCCGGGAUUAUUUGAGACAAUACCAAUCGUUCAACACAGAGCCUAGAAACUUGUUUUUCUAUUUGUAUGCGAACUGGCCUGCUAACCCGGCAGUGAAUCUGGAGCACUUCUUUGCUGAUUACACAGAGCAAGUCGGUUACCCCAUGCUGAUCGUGAACGUGACCCGUCAGAAUCACAUAGUCCAUAUCGGGCAGAUGAGAUUCCUCCUGAGCCCGGGGGAUGGCAGCAAUGCUACCCUCAAGUACACAGUGCCCAUUACCUAUGCUACGAACCUGGAGCCGAAUUUUGAAUACGUUACUCCCUCUUCCUACUUGCACAAAGUGGUAGAUAUACUCCAGUUGGAGUUUGAUGAUCCCAUCGACUGGAUUGUGCUAAAUCUGCGUCAGUCCAACUACCAAAGGGUCCUCUACGACACAACCCUGAUGGCCAAUCUCCAAGUGGCUCUCAGUGCCCGGAAUCAUAGCGGGAUUCCCGUCGAGAACCGCGCCCAAAUGAUCGAUGAUUUCUUUAACUUCGCCCGAGUGGGAUAUCUGGAUUACUCCGAGGUGUUUGAGUUUCUGGAAUACUUAAGUACCGAAGUGCACUAUGUUCCUUGGUAUGCCUUCUUCGAGAACCUCCAAUUGGUGGCCAAGCGACUUACACCCGAGCAGUUGCCCAGUUUCCGGAGCUAUCUCGAGGAUAACGCAGAGGCUGUUUUUGAGAAUUUGGGAGUGGAUUGGAAUGAAGCGGAAGACACUCCCUUGGACGUGGCCAAUCGAAACAAGGUGGUUGCAUGGCUAUGCCGGUAUCAGGCCAGAGGGUGCAGGGACCAGAUCCACCAUAUGAUCACUGCCUCUGAACCAAAGAAACCUACGCCGGACUACAGACAGACCUUUUACUGCGCCGGAAGUAGCCAGUUUUCCGGUUUAAUGCAGGUUUGGAAGUUAUUUUUGGAGGAAACCCGUCCCAGUGAGAAGAAACUUCUAUGGACUGCCAUGAGCUGCACCAGGGACUAUGAAACGCACUACUACAAAUUUAUCCUGGAAUAUGCCACCACUGUGAAGAUGAAAAAGGUAGGCAUAGCCACUUUAUACGAGGAGAAUCCGGAUUUGGUUGAGCCUAUCUUUAAGAUGAUCACCGCGAAUAUUACUGAGCUGGCUCUAAGCUUAAAUAGCUGGUCGGAUACAGCCGAGGUUCUCAGCGACAUGGCAGAGUACUUUACCACCAGAGAACAGCAGCAGCUCUUUAAGGACUUCUACCAGAAUAGCCAGCAGCUUUUCGGCCAGUCGGCCACGGUGCUGUCGAAGUCCUUGGAUUCGGUGGAGGCCAAUCUGCAGUGGGCCGAGCAACGACUUGGUCGUCUGGUGAACUUCCUGGCAAAGCGAAACAGCUCUAGUUCCGUUCAGGCCACUUCCUUACUUCUGCUGCUUUUGGCCAGUCUGGCUCUGAUUGCUGUUAGUUAUUAAGCUUGUGCAUGGAGAAAUAAAGAAAGAUUGCGCCGCGGGGGAAAUGCCCUUUUCGUGUUCGCAAUUACUAGGCAAAACGGCAAAAA